AUGCUGUUAUAUUUUAUAUUACUUAUUAUUUUUCCAUUUUUUGGAAAAUUUGAUAAUUUAGAUAAUAGUUUUACAAGUUGGACACCAGAAACAUAUCCAGAUAGUAGAAUUAACCUUUCCUCAUGUCAUAUUAGGGUACCUUCAUUUGUUUGUGAUGCAAAUAAUUUGUUAAAUGAUUAUGAAAAUCAAAAAGGUGCUGAAUAUUUACAGGCAAUGGUAGAAAAAAUUAGAAGAUCAACACAUUGUCCCUGUAAUCAUUUUGAAAAUGGAGUCAGAGGUUGUGGUCAUACAUCUUUAGGUUUUACAAUAUCUAUUGCUGUAUUUUCAAAAUUAUAUCGUCACACAGAUUUUAAUAGUGAUACAGAUAAGAAAUAUUCUAUGAGUCUUUUUACGGAAACAUUAAGACAACGACAAAAAAGAGGUGAAUGUAAUGAGGAUAUAUUAAUUACACUUGCUGUUGAUGAUGGAAUUGUAUGGACAUCAUUGGGUAGUGUUGCACAUAACAUCAUAUCAACAGAAUUAAUUAAUGAUAUAUCAGAUAUUGCUGAUAGUUAUUUUAAAAAAUCAAAAUAUACAGAGGGAUUGGCUUUUAUGAUAGAUACUUAUGGAAAAUUAUUAAGAAAUGAAGAAAUUUAUAUAGAGAAAUGUGAUGAUUGUAUAUUUGGAAUUUUUCCAUUAUAUUCAAUAAUUAUUGCAGUUAUUGUAAUUAUUAUUACUAUUAUUAUAGUAAUUAUUAUCAUAGUAAUAAUUUGUAAAAAAAGAUCAGCUAAUAAGCGUGAUAGUUAUACAUUAGGUAUAAAAACAGGAAAUGAUAAAAUUAAAACAAGACAUAUUUUUCGAAGGGAAACUCAAAGAGAUGAAAGAAAAAUUUAA